UUGAUAGAAAAUAGGACAAGUGUGAGUCAGAGUCAUGAUUGUUGAUCUUUUUGUGUGUUGGAAAAGCAUCCAGUGUCAGAAACCAAACAUGACUCAGCAAAACAUCACAUUGCCACAAAGCCAUUGGUGAAUGGUGAUGACUUGACUAAUGAUGGACAAGCAAAGUCGUCUCUUUUGGAGUUGUUGAGUUCAUUCAGACUCAUAAACCUUUUCUCAUUCAUUCAUUCACUGCCACAAGCCUCAACCAAACAAAACCAUCACUUUCACUUUCAGUUCAUUUCCACAGUACUCUUGUGAAGAAACAAAGAAAGAAGGUAUAUCAUCAUGGACUUGGACAUGAUGGCCAGUAUUCAUUCUACAAAGCACUUCUCUACUCUUCAAUCUGCUCCACUUCACUCUGAAAAUUACUCAGUAAUUCGUUACACAGACGUGGAUGACGACUACCAAUCUGAUUUCCGAUGUCCUUUUUGUGAUUUUGAAAUUCAAGUUCCUCUCUGCAGUGAUUUUGAAGAGGAGUAUUGCUCUUCCCCAAAAAAUGUGGUUUGUCCUGUGUGUGAAGAAAAUUUAGGGAACAAUGCAUUCACACAAUUUACACAUUCAAGCUCGCGAAAGUGGGGGUGGAAGACUGAGAAAUCUAGCAUCUGGUCUGGUAACUCAGCAAUGUUUGGCAAGAAACUAGCUGCUAGGGGAAACAAACAAGAAUCGAUACCUGAUCCACUUUUGUCACCAUUCAUCUGCAAUGUACCAAUUCCUAACUAUAACAAUAACCAUCCAGAUGAAAACUCCAGCCUCAGCAACAAGGAUAUAGAAAUUCAUAAUGCAAAAAGGUCUGGGACUGAUGGUGUUGAGCAGGACGAACAAGAACAAUGGUUGAGAGCAACUUUUGUUCAAAAGUUGAUGUUAUCAACCAUAUUCGAGGAAAACUAUUCUUAGAAUAGAAUUUAAUUUAGUCACAUAAGUCAUGAAUGAAUUAGUAGCAGCUUCUUACAUAUUCAGAUAGCCCAUGUAUUAUGAUGCUGGUCCAAGAGGCACUGGGUUUUAUUGCGGUGCAUCGGUGUAGGGUGUGAUUACUGAUUAGUAUAAGCAAUAGUUAUGUUGAUGCCAUAUGUAUUUCACAUGUAUUUCAGACCAUUCUAUUAAUUAAAGUUGAUCUUUCAGAUAA